AUGGAGUCAUUGUCCAGUUGGUCUAACCCUGGCCUCGACACCUUGUUUUUGGCACUUGCGAGCGCCAUUGAGAUUUCUUUCUUUUGUGGUGCGGUCGUGUUUUGCCAGACCCACUAUCAGAAGAUCUGCCUGUCCCUUCAUAAAUGUGUGGGCAGGCUCUCUGCAUGGCUACGUCAGUGUGGGUCCGAUGAGGACACUAAGCUGGUGACCGAAGUGAGAAGACUUCAACUGCGAAUGGCUCACACCUUUCUCAACGUGUUGGCUGGGAUUGGAAAUGGUAUCACGCUGAUCUAUCAGAGCAACAUUUGGCGCCAGCGUCAGCGCUGGAUGCCUACCGAAUUUAUUCUGUUUAUGUUGCCGAUCUCUGCAUAUGCAACUCUGCACUUGUUCUGUCCCAAUCAAGUGGUCACGCGACGAACGGUGAAUUUUUGCUAUGGUCUGGGCAUGACCUGUGGGAUUUUGGCACUGUCGCCUUUGGGGAGCCCCGCUUUGGCCUCUGGGAAUCUGUCGCUCUCUUUGGCCUACACGGCCUUCUUUCGCUUACCUUCCGUGACUCUGGCCACACGCACCUCCCUUGUCCUUUUCUUGAACCUGCUGUCCUUGGUCUUGACGCUGAUGCGAGCCUUUUCUGAGGGUUUCCCCCGCAAUUUGAAUGCAGGCACGCCUCUCUGGGUAGAAGGACUAUCUUGCGUGGUGGUCACAUUGAUCUCCAUCUCACUGCAACAGUGGCUACGAGGUGCGGCCUCACAGCGCUUGCACAAUCAGAAGGUCAAGGCAGAGCUCAGCGCUGCGACAUCCCUGCUGCGAUUAACCUGCGAUGCAGUGAUCGAGUUAGGUGAGGAUUUGAAGUUGACCAGCCAUUCCUCUGAGCUGGCGGCUGUGUUGCUGCGGGACCGCCCGGGUGCUUCUUUGGAAGGCGUGCCCUUGACGGACUUCAUGCCCCCCGCCGAAGCCGCCCGCGCCGCGGAGAUCCUCGGCCGUGGAGAGGUCGACGGCACGAUCUCGGCCAACGUGUUCCACACGCGCUUGGUGGAUACCUAUUCAAGCCGCUUUCGCACGGAGGUUUUCCAGGUGCGUUACUCCAAGAUUGAUGGAGGAGUCCGGCACCUCAUUGGGCUGCGCGACUUUACGGACCAGCUCUCUCUCGCAGGCCGCAAUGCCACGGAUGAGAUCCCUGAACCGAGCAGCAGGAGCAGCCGCCAGCGGCACCCGCAGGAUGCGUCGGAGUCACCUCCGCAGUUGACACUCUUAGAGUUGAACUUGCAGGAUAUGGUGGUGAAUUCGGCCUCGGCCUCCUUAACACAGAUGGUGGGCAGAAGCCUUGAAGAGGUCUUCACCUCCGAUGGAGUGGAGCUCUUUCGGAACGCCAAGAGAGAGCUGGCGGCGCUUGAGGAGCAGGAAGCCCUACACGAGACGACCCUCUACUUCGGCAGCUUAGGGCUUCGCUUGGGGGACUCGGAGUCUGUGCAGAUCUCUGGGACCAUGGAGCCGAUUUGGUCGAGGAAGGAGGGUUUGCGCUUGGUCUUGUGCUUCCAAAUGUCCCCUGCAAGUACGGGUUCUGCUAUGCCAGAGCGCACGGCGGCGGCGGCGGCGGCCAUUCCAGCCAUGUCAGCACCGCAGGAACCUCUGAGGACGCCCAUUGCCUUGUGA